AUGGAAGUUUUUAACGCUGUGAAAAAGACAGUUCUCUCCAUCAUUUCUGAUGCCGUCGAUUCAGAAACCUACCUGGAAGACCUCACCGCCAUCGGUGGUCUCAUAAAACCCGAAGUUGUGGCCACGAGUUUCCAGCUAAUGGAGCGUGGCAAAGUGCGAGAGUUGACGACUCCGCGCUCCGAAAUCCGACAGAAGCCGCGAGUAUUCGAAGAUUUUCAAGAAAAACCGAUUUUCGAUUGGAGAAGUGAGUGGGAGUUGAGACGACCGAAAAGGAAAAAAGCAUCGGAGAAUUUCAGACAUUUACAGCGAAGUUUUGUAGAGGUAGAACACGCAAAACGAAAGGAAUCUCUUCAAUUCUUCUACCCACAAGUCCACUACUGUCCUUGUCGAUACUUCCAAGUAUCCGUGCUCGAAAGACAAGUCGAUUGGAUUUGUGUACACCUUCUGGCGUACUACUUCUCCAGAAGUUUCGGAAAGAUGGAGAAAAUCGAGUGCAAGAUUGAGAUUAUUGAAGAUGGAAAAGUAACCGAAAUUCGAAAAGAUACUGUGUCAAUUGCUGCAGAAGAUGUUACGUCGGAUUCUUCAAUUUUGAAUCAUAUUUCCCCACAGAAGAGAGUCGAGAAGCAAAUUUAUUUCGUUCGGAAGAUGCCUCCCCGAAAUGAAAUAAUCGAAGAACAAGCUGGACCAUCUAGUAGUAAUAUUUUGAUAAAAGAACCAAAAGCCGAACCAAUUGAGCUCAAUAAAUCUCCGAACAGAGCAUCUAACAAAAUGCGUGUUUCACGAAGACUGAAUUGGAGUAACAGACGAAAUCGGCAGUUAAUUGCUUUGCAACAGUGUCAAACAGUGAAUAAAGUGGUGAAAGAUGAACUAAUUGAAGUGAAAGAAGAGCCAAUCGACGAUUAUGAGCAAGAGUGCAACUCGUAUCAGAGAGCUACAAGCCUCCCGGUGAACAGUCACCCACGACUUAAAUCAAUAAAUCCAACGUGGACAGAAGACGUACCAAAAGUUGACAUUCCCGUUUUCAAGACAGAAAAACCAACAAGCGUUGACGAGCCUCCAGUAGAUCGAAUCUUCCUCGGAGCUGAAGAACCGAUGAAAGACGUACCGGACAACAAAAUUGAAGAGAUUAGUAGAAUCGCUCAAAGCACAGUAAAGCGUUUCACGAAGAGUCAACUUCUCCCAUUCGGAAAACGGCCGGCUCUUAUUCUUCAGGACGGAGAAGUAAUGAAUAGAGAGGCUAGAAGCCGCUCCGUUGUUCUUAUCGAUGAAGUUGAGGAGCCUAAAGAAGAAGGUCAAUCGGAAGAUGAGUUAGAACUAGAUAUACUGAAACUUAUUGAUUCGAAAAAAGCAAAACUUUACGAAUCGGUCCGUCAAAAACAGGCGAAGGCUCAGAAGCUAAUUUUCAAUGAAUUGCGGGUUACCGAGUAUAUGAAUUCUGAAAUAUUCAAAAAGUCAAUAAAACCACCUGAUGAUUCGUCUUCAUUCCAAAAGGUCGUGAAAGCACCACAUGCGCUUUCAAAAUACCCGGCAUACAGUGACUCCUUAUCACGCUCUUCUUCGCUUCUGUUCAAAAACCUGGAACGUGUUCAAGAAAUGAAGAGAAAAGAAAAAUAUGGGACAAUCUGGGACAGAAAUUACAAAGCUCCGAAGAAAAGGGACCAUAGUCCGGUGCAAUUUAAGUAUCCUAUACUACCAAAGAGGAAAGAAGUGCAACUGACAUAUCUGGCCUCAGAAACCAUUGAAAUGCUUGAAAUUUCUUGGAAAGGAAAAACCGGAAAAGUGCCGGAAUUUAUCCAGUGUCAUUUGUGUAAUGGUACAAUGCGUUUUGGCGUAAGAAGCCGGCGCUUUAGAGGAGAAGUACGAGAACAUCCGACUUAUAGAUGUUUUAGAAAAGGAUGUCAAACGUAUUGUUCCGUGAAGAAGGUGGUCAACAUGAACCAUUGGGAAGCUAUUCCUGACGACCCGAAAGAAUUCAUCAUAAAGGAAGUUGGAAAGCUCAAAUCGAAGCCACCUGAAAUCGUUGCUUCAAACGAUAAGGAUUCCGAAAUUCGAGCAAAAAGAGUUACCAGAAACAAACUGGACUAUCUUUCCAAAGAUUUCAUCUGCGGAAGUUCUGCGUCGGAAAUCGCGCGAUUCGAUGAUGAAGACGAUGAGGAGCGUCUUGGAGAGACGAUUGGCUACUGGUACACAACUGAAAGUUCGGAAUCGAGUGAAGAACCAAUGGGAGAAGAUGCAGAAAAAGAAGAUGAUUAUAGUGAUCAUGUCGAAGCGGGAAUGCCAUUUCCAACCAUAUCGUGUUCAAAACGGGAAACCACUCCAUUCACCGGUCGCUCAUUCACCGGUCGCUCACUUUGCUUCAAUUUAUCAAUUUGUUUAAUGUUUUUUAUUACGAUGGGCAACACUGUCAGUGGAGAAUACCUGAGCUCGUGGGACGAUGAAGACGUGCAGAAAUGGAAGAAGACCGCUCGAAACAUGCAACAAUGCACUUAUCUACAAUUCGAAGGUAGUCAAUUCCACGAUUUGACUGAUUUGACCGUCGAAUUGCGUGUUACAAAGAUCUGUUUUGCAAUUUAUGGACCACCGACGAAAGCAGCGGAGACACUGGAGCAGGCGUAUUCCAAAGAUCAGCGAGAAUUCGGAAUGAAGUGCUACGAGAAGAUCAGAGAAGUCUGGCGUGAGGCACCGGAGAAACGAAUGAAAUUGGGAUUUAUUUUCGUUUUCUGCAAGGAAGGAGAAAAGGAAUAUCAGGUGCCGCUAUUCCGACUUCUCUGGGAAAAGAAGAAUGGUCAGGACACCAACAGAUACAUUGACACCUCACUACGUGUCUAUGAUGGAUUCAGUGAUUGGAAGAAUAAUAAUCACAUGCCAAUGAUGAAAUAUUGUCAUCCAAAGAAGUUAUUCUACACGUGUCACUCUGAAUGGGAGUACCAAUUCGAUCCGGAUGAGGAAGUUGCAGUUGGAUUCAACACUUCUCCAGCAUGUGAUUUGAGUGCAAGAAUCGGGAAAUCUGCUGAUGUCAUCGUCACAACUGUCGGAAUGACUGUAGGAGUGCUCUCUCUUGUCACACCAGCCGGAUUUAUCAGUGGUCCGAUUCUUCUCUCAGUUGGCUUGGGGUCAGCUGGAUGGGGAGUAAGCAGAGCCACUCAACGAUUGAUCGACAAGGCGACGCAUGGAGAGAGUUUGACGGAUCAGGAGAGUGUCUUGCUCUGGUUAUCCAUUAUUGCUGCUCCAUUAAAUCUCCUGAAUGGAUUCGUCGGUGCUAAGCUAGCAUCUGGCGCCGCCGCUGGAAAAAUCUUCUCACAAACCCAACGGAUUCUAGCGACUCUUUUGAUGUGGACAGUGUUGAGUGUGGAUUCAUUCUCAUUUUUGAUGAAUCUGACGAAUCUCGUGGAGAAGGCUAUUAAUGGGAAACUGACGACACUUGAUGUCUUACAAUUCUCAGUUAGCACUCUCUUCUUCGCCAAUAUGCUGAUCCAGCCGAAAACUGCAAAUGGAAUUAUCAAGAAGGCUCAGCAACAACGAAUUCAAGAUUUGAUUAAUAAUAUGACUGAUGCUGAUGCGAAGGCGGCGUUCAAAGAGUAUUUGGAGGCAAAUAAAGGAGACGGAGGGAUUGGAGAUGGCGCCAAGUUGGUGAGAGAUUUGAAUAAAAUUGAAGAUCUCAACGCGUUUUUCAAGUCGGCGAGCGGUUUUAAGGAUGUGAAGAUUGGAGCUCAAUACACUGAAUCGACUCAAUCCGGAACUCCAAAAGUUUACAAAUUAGAGAAGUUGAAGGCAUGUCUUGGAGGGAAGGACUACAAGGAUCACCAACAUUUAGGACAGUUGGAUGAUAGACAGAUCGGCAGAUUGAAUAAAGUUUUCGGAGGAGCCGCCAAGUAUGAUGAGCAUGUUGUCAAUUUCGCUACAAAGAUAGCGAAUGAGAUGAAAAUGUCUAACAAUCCGGAUGGAUUCAUGUCACUUGUGGAGAUGGUGGCGGCGCAGGCAAAACUUGAUCCGAAUUUUCCGCAAACCGGAAAUGUUCAACAGUUCUGUGCUGGAAUUCAACAAGAUUUGAGUGCGAUUCGAGAGAUGGGAAAUCAGUUCACUUUCUCCGACGAAUUCAAAGCACUCUACCAUUACAGAAAGCACGGUGACGAGUUUAUGAGAAUGUGCACGCCUGACUUCUAUCUGGGGGAGCUACCCGCACAAAUUCAGCAACAGGGACAACUGGCAGAUGUUUGUAAAGUGACAUCAAUGCUUCCGAAUGGAAGCACGGAAGUUUUCACCCGGAAAACCUAUUUCUGUGACAAUGACUCGAUUCUCGUUAUGAUUGAAAAUGGGGAUUUGAAAAAUAUCAGCACAAUGUACAAGAAGCCGAAUAGCUGGACGGAGUACACUCAAAGAUUUCAAAAUUGUUUCUCUCCUGAUUCUGAUUUCUCGAAGUUGGCGUUCGUCGCAGGAUUGGAUGCGAUUCAGUUGCAACUUAGAUCCAGCAGCUUCUUCUUCAAAGAUCAGAAUGACUUCUCGAAGGACCCGAACUACGAGAAAUACAAGAUUAUGAUUGAGAUUCUGGCGGAGGAUAUUGCGAAUUGUAUGGAGCAUGAUGACGAUAAAUAG